GGUCACGUCACGUCACGUCAUCCAACAAAAUGACUAUUCAUUUCCUCUCUUACUUGUUCACUUCUCCCUCGCACAACCGCCAAUUCUGAUUUCUGACCUUCCACAUCUGACAUCCCAAAUCCAACGCCCCCAAAAUCCAAAUGAAGCAAAAAACAUGGCCAUCUCCAUCAAACACCUCUCCUUUCACUUCUCUCCACCCAAUUAACAAUCCCCACAAUUCCAAAUCCUACAUCUUAGACCGUCCCAUCAAGACAACACGCACACCUUCACCUUCACCGUCACAUCACAACCACCGUGACUUCUCUUCCUUGCCUUACGAUCUACUCACCAAAAUAGCAGCUGGGUUCUCGCACCGGGACCUAAACGCAGCGUCUUUGGUUUGCAAGUCAUGGAGCGAUGCGUUCAGGCCGCUCAGAGAGGGGAUGUUGUUGCUCAGAUGGGGCAAGCGCUUUAAACAUGGGCGGGCUGGAGUCCAGCCCAAUUUGGAGAAGGCUUUGGACUCUUUCUUGAAAGGUGCGGCCCGUGGGUCUAGUCUUGCUAUGGUGGAUGCGGGCCUGGUUUAUUGGGAAAUGGGCCGAAGACAAGAAGGUAUUGCUUUGUAUAGAAGAGCUGCUGAGCUUGGUGAUCCUUCUGGCCAGUGUAAUUUGGCCAUUGCUUAUUUACAAGCUGACUUUUCAAAUCCCAAGGAAGCUGUCAAGUGGUUACUUCAAUCUGCCUCUGCUGGCCACGUCCGUGCUCAGUACCAACUAGCUCUUUGUCUACAUCAUGGGCGUGGUAUUGAUCGAAAUCUACCCGAAGCUGCAAAAUGGUAUCUCAAAGCUGCAGAGGGUGGUUACGUACGUGCUAUGUACAAUGUGUCACUCUGUUACUCUGUUGGUGAAGGGUUUGCAAAAAACCAUCCACAAGCCAAGAAAUGGAUGAAGCGGGCUGCUGAUCAUGGUCAUAGCAAAGCGCAGUUUGAGCACGGACUUAAUCUUUUCUCUGAAGGAGAGUUGUCAAAAGCUGUUGUCUACCUGGAAAUUGCUAGCCGUGCAGGGGAAAGUGGUGCCUCUCAUGUGAAGGAUGUUAUUGUCCAACAACUAUCAACUGCUUCCCGGGAUCGUGCUAUGCGGCUUGCUGAAAAUUGGCGCCCAUUGCCUUCAUCACGCUGAUAAAGAGGUAGCCGAAUGUGUUGUAAAAUUCCCCCUGUAGUCCUCCCACUCUGCCUUUUGUGCAGAGCUGUCAUUUUUUCACUUUAUACAUCAUUGUACUAUGUAAGCAGGCAAGUUACAAGUUCACAAUACAAAUAUUAAUGUAUGCUCUUUGCAAGUUAGAAGCUCACAUCUUCCUCCUAUGUACUGUUCCAUUUUUUUACCAAAUAAAGCUUGGUCUAGCGGUA